GCUACAUAACCACGGCCCCGCCGCCGCCGCCGGGGCUUCUCCGCUCGCAAGCCCGACGGAGGCGCCCGGCCGGCAGCGGGGAGCGGAGCGGCUCCGGGGGAUAGACGGGGCGGGAGGCUCCGGAGCCGGAGCCCCGCCGGAGCCCGGGCGGCCGGAGGAGGAGGAGGAGGAAAGAGGAGGAGGAAGGGCGGCAGCUCCCCGCCGGCGGCGGGCUCCCUCCGGUAUGGCCCUGGCGGACAGCGCCCGCGGGCUGCCCAACGGCGGCGGCGUCUCGCCGGCGGCGGGGAGCGGGGCGGCGGGGAGCGGGGCGGCGGCGGCGGCGGCGGGCGGCUGGUCGUCCUUCCCGGAGAUCGUGGAGCUGAACGUGGGCGGGCAGGUGUACGUGACGCGGCGCUGCACCGUGGUCUCGGUGCGGGACUCGCUGCUCUGGCGCAUGUUCUCGCAGCAGCAGCCCAGCGAGCUGCCCCGGGACAGCAAGGGCCGCUUCUUCCUCGACCGCGACGGCUUCCUUUUCCGCUACAUCCUGGACUACCUGCGGGACCUGCAGCUGGUGCUCCCCGAGCACUUCCCCGAGCGCAGCCGCCUCCAGCGGGAAGCCGAGUACUUCCAGCUGCCCGACCUGGCUCGUCGCCUGGCUCAGGCCCGGGUCGCCGCCGCCGCUCGCCCCGCCGCCCUGCACCGCGACGGCUCGCUCUGCGCCGACGAGCCGCCGCCGCCGGCGCUCCUGGGCUACCUGGAGGCCGAGCCGCUGGAAGGGGGCGGCGGGGGAGCCGCCGCCUCCGCCCCGUCGCCCACCGCCAGCCGCAGCCCCUCGGGCGGGCCGCUGCUCACCCCCUCGCAGUCGCUGGACGGGGCGGGCGGGCGGCGCUCGGGCUACAUCACCAUCGGCUACCGGGGCUCCUACACCAUCGGGCGGGAGGCGCAGGCCGACGCCAAGUUCCGACGGGUGGCCCGCAUCACCGUCUGCGGCAAGACGGCGCUGGCCAAGGAGGUCUUCGGGGAGACGCUGAAUGAGAGCCGCGACCCCGACCGCCCCCCCGAGAAGUACACCUCCCGCUUCUACCUCAAGUUCACCUACCUGGAGCAAGCCUUCGACCGGCUCUCCGAGGCCGGCUUCCGUAUGGCCGCCUGCUCCUCCACCGGCACCUGCGCCUUCGCCCCCGAGCAGGGCGGCCCCGCCGACGACAAGAUCUGGACCAGCUACACCGAGUACGUCUUCUGCCGGGACUGAGCCCCCCCGCCCGGGACACGGCGUGGGGAUAAGGUGGUGGCCCCCGCACGCCCUCCUGGCCCGGAGGAAGGAGGAUGUGGAGGGGGACUUGUCCUCUUGCGCUCUCUUCGUCCCAGUGCCUGCCUCCACGCACAAGGCUGGUCAGCCCCCAGCGCAGCCCCCACACCUCCUGCACGCACCUCUUGGUGGCCCCGGGGACAGGAGGUCACCAUGACGUGCCUCGGCCGCCUUGUCCCUGCUUGGCUGCCACGUCCCUCCCCAGGCACCGCAUCCCGGCUCGCACCAUCAUCCCCCGCCUCCCCCGCUUCCCAGUAGCUGUGUCGGUAGCCAGGAAGGAGAGAGGUAGCGGGGGUAGACAAAUACCUGCCUCAGAAAGGCGGCGUGUGUGCCCAACCCCUGCCCCUCUCCACGCACAGAAGCCAAGGGAUGGCCCUCUCAGGGUGGGCUGUUUUAAAAGCCACCCAUUUAGGGGCUGCGGGACUUUUCGGUUGCUUUUCAGCAACUUCUGUUGAAGAUGGCAUGGUAAAUGGCUGUCUUUUCUCAUCCCCAUACUCUUUCAUCCCCAUACUCUUCCCCAAGAUUCAGCCUCGUUGGGUGGAUCUGUAAGGGUCCCUUUUAUCCCCCCCGUCCCCUCAAAGCAAUGCCUCUCUGUGAAGGACUGUCCCCUGGAAGCGAUGCCUGGCA